AUGAAUAUAUCAAAAGUAUGUGCUCGCAUGUAUUCAGCUUUUUUAGAAGCACCACCAGCACCGCCGCCGGUAUCCAAGCCAACGACUACACCAGCAGCAACGGCGGCGGCUCCAUCGAAACCAGCAAAAAGUUCACAACCGACAGCACCAAGUGUUUCAGCCGGACAGCCGCCGAAGAAGAAGCAGGCAACUAGUAUACUGGAUACACUACUUCCCGAUACGUUUGGAUCUUCCUCGGCAUCGCAGGUGAUGCCUGGAGGAGGUCCGAGCUCUUCGAACAACGCAAUGACAUCACCGACGGAGAAUGGAACGAAUGGAUCUGGAGGAGGACAGGUGGAGAACGGCGAGAACGAGGAGGCCAGGAUUCACAGAAUGCGAAUGGAGGCUAAACGAGCGCGCCAACGCGAGGACGAGAACAAUUUGACGUUGACGAAUCAGAUGGAGAUGAUGACCGCAUUCGAAUACGAUAAUACUUAUUAA